AUGUAUCUGCAAGAUCCCAAGGUUACACCUUUCCAAGUUGGAAAGAGCGGCAUUCCUCCCCCCGGAGUUUGCAUGCGUGUGGCCAGGGAAGCCAAGAGAAGUUGGAAAGGCUCCAGGCCUUCAGCGAAAUCAGGAAUUAAGAGCGGCAGUUCAACGCCAACAGCCGAAGCUGCCGGACCAUAUAUUGAGUGGCCACACACCCACGCGGCAACCAGAGGUCACUUGCGUGAACUCUGCAAAGCUCGCGGGUCGCCUCGCAACCUCCAAAGCUUUUCCAACAGCCCUGCGCCAUUUGGGAAAUCCAUCAAUCGAUUCUGGAGUCGUCGAUCGGCGCCUGCCCGCUCUCCCUCAGUUUUCUCUGGCUCGGACAUGGCCAUGUCCCUAGCUGUUUGCACAUCAGAUUCCAUGCAACUUCAAGGGCCUUUGGCUCAGUUGACCUCGCAGCCCCAACCGUCAUCUCAGGCGACCGCGCUGGGAGACAUAUUCGAUCAGCCGAGACCACGUCUCGGGUCUCCCUUUACGGCCAGAAGUUAUGGACCUAGCUCGUCAACCGGGUUGGAAGAGACCUUUAACGUAAGCCCUGAAGCCCAACGACAAGCCCGCACGGUUGCUACACGACGCGGCCUGAGAUCGUCGGUGAGACUUGACCAGGGUCGGACGAGCGCUCAAAAGCGCAGGUCUAGGCAGCCUGCAUUAGAACCACAACGUACCAAGCGGCCUGGUUUGGGCUCAGACUUCUGGAUAGACCCAACAAGAAACGAAGAUGAGGGAUCCAGUGCUCCGCUCAUCCAAUUCAGCUCUACCGAUUCCAACCAUCAUGACAGCCUGUUUGUUCUUCGUGCCAACUUGCAGGAACUCUUUGAGGCCUCAAGUUCCGGCACGUCACAAGCUGGAUCCUCGAGCUUCCCCUCGACAACCGGCUUGACGCCUUCACAGACCGUCCCCGCCAGGUUAGGGUCGCCAUUCUCAGCAAAGACUACGAGUCAUUCAUUUCCGAACCGCCAUUCCAGUGUCUCGACGAUUGAUGUAGACGCUGUCGUCCGUCCAUUUGCGACUGUGCACCAAACCGGCGGGAAUAGGGGCAACAACACUGUAUCCUCUGACUCUAUCAAGAUGCCACUUGCCAACCGUCUUGCAUAUAUCGAUGAACGCCUCAAGGGUUUCCGCCGCCGAGGAAGCGAAGGACGCCGGUCUCAAUCACCUUUUUAA